AUGAGGGGAGAGGGUCUAAGGAAACCUUGUGCCAGAGGGGGACGCUGCCGGACCGAGUGGGACGGGCUGAGCUGCUGGUCGGCCGUGCCCGUCGGCCAGUCCCGAGCCAUCGCCUGCCCCGACAUCCUCCACGUCUUCAAGAAGUCCAAAGUGCUGAUCCAGAGGAACUGCACCGAGCUGGGAUGGAGCUCCCCCAGCCCUCCCUACCACAGCGCCUGCGAGCUGGAGGCCCUUGGCAGCAACAAUGACACUGAGGCCAAGAAAGGCUAUUUUGUCACCAUGAAGGUGCUUUACACCUGUGGCUACUCCACGUCCCUGGCAGCCCUGUUCUUGGCCAUCGGCAUCUUCUCCUGCUUCAGGAAGCUGCACUGCACGAGGAACUCCAUCCACAUCCACUUCUUCACCUCCUUUGUGCUGCGGGGGACUGCUGUGUUCAUCAAGGACAGUGUCCUCUUCUCGGACGAGUCCAUCGACCACUGCACCAUGUCAACAGUGAACUGCAAAGCAGCCAUCACCUUCUUCCAGUACUCGGUCCUGGCCAACUUCUACUGGCUGCUGGUGGAGGGCCUGUACCUGCAGACCCUGCUGCUGCUCACCUUCACCUCCGACAGGAGGUACAUCUGCUGGUACAUCCUCAUCGGCUGGGGUGUCCCCAUGGUGACAGUGGCUGUGUGGGUGGUCACCAGGCUGCAGUAUGACAACCACGGGUGCUGGGAUGAUUACACCAGCCUGUACUGGUGGGUGAUCAAGGCUCCCAUCCUCCUGGCCAUAUUUGUGAACUUCCUCAUCUUCCUCAAUGUCACCAGGAUGUUGGCACAGAAGAUCCGGUCCCCAGACAUCAGCAAAAACUACAAGCAGCAGUACAUGAGGCUGACCAAGUCCACGCUGCUGCUCAUCCCUCUCUUCGGGGUGCACUACGUGGUGUUCGCUCUCUUCCCCGAGCACGUCGGCGUCGGUGCCCGGCUGUACUUCGAGCUGGUCCUCGGCUCCUACCAGGGCUUCCUGGUGGCUCUGCUGUACUGUUUCCUGAACGGGGAGGUCCAGGCUGAGAUCAAGAGGAACUGGGGCAAGUGGCAGUUGUCCAUGGAGAGCAACGUCUUCAACCUGGUGACCCAGGACUUCACAGCGUGA